AUGUUUCUGGUCGCCCUAACCGGUGGCAUUGCGUCUGGAAAGAGCACCGUAACGAAGAUAUUUCGGGACAACGGUGUUCCGGUCAUCGAUGCCGAUGCAAUCGCACGCCAAGUCGUUGAGCCGGGUCGACCAGCAUGGCAUAAAAUUAAAGCUACGUUUGGUGAAGAAAUCUUUCACGCUAGUACCGGUGAGCUAAACCGGGAAGCACUGGGACGCAUUAUAUUCGAUGACGUUGAGAAACGUAAAUUAUUGAACGAAAUUACGCAUCCCGAAAUUCAUCGAACCAUCUACAAGGAGGUGAUCAAGUGUUUCUUUCUAGGACACAGUUUUGUUGUACUCGAUCUUCCGCUCUUGUUCGAAAUUCGAGUAAUGCUUAACUACAUACAUAAAAUCAUAACCGUCACAUGCGAGGAAGAUAUCCAAGUCACUAGGCUGAUGGAUCGCAGCCAAUAUUCAGAGGCAGAGGCAAAGAAGCGAAUCAAAGCGCAGAUGUCACUAGAGUUAAAGUGCGAGCAAUCACAUUUUGUCAUCGAAAAUUCAGGAACCCUUAAAGAUACAGAAGAGCAAACGCUAAAAAUCCUGACUAUUUUACAAGACAGUAACCAGCACUGGAAAAUACGUGGCGUUCUGUUUGCUACGGCGGCCUUGCUCGUUUCUAGCAUCGCUUGGUUGCUGAACUACAAGUACAAGUGGUUCAACUCAAACUAA